CCUUUCAGCUAAAAGCUUUUUGUGCUUGUGUGGAGCAGAAUGGAGGGAAAAAAGAGAGCGGAUGGGAGUGGUUAUAGGGAGAGGGAGGGAAAAAGAAGGGCCUCCCUCUCUGUUGCCACGGCAACUUGAUGUCACAGUGACAUCACGCACCACUAAAAGCUUUUAACCGGAUUCCUCUCCUGCCUUAGGCCCCAUUUUGAGUCCUCUUUCAGCAAGGCUAGGGGGGAAGGGCACAGGCAGGACGGUGUGUAUGCCUUCUUGUAUCACUCCCUCACUGCAGAUUGAACACAGCUCUUAGCACGGUAAAAGACUUUCAAAUUCAAUCUGUAGAGAUCCUAUUUCUGCAAACCACAGCCAGCACAGGCCAAGAGAACCAUUUGAAAGAUGGCAACAGAAGAUGGUUUCAGCUACCUCUUGCAAGGCCACAGUGAGAAACACAGACGGGCCCCUAACUGGACCGACGGGGAAAUGAAAGCCCUCCUGUACGUGUGGGAGGAACACCACAACGAACUGAAAACGAGCAAAAGGAACGCAAAGGUUUACGAGAAGAUGUCUCAGAGGUUUUUCCAGCUGACCGGAGAGCAGCGGUUCAAAGAGGAGAUCAAGAUGAAAAUCACCAACAUGUCUUUCCAGUACAGGCGAUCGAAAGCUACAGCCAUUGAAAGUGGGGAGACGCCAGACUGGCCUUAUUAUAAACCCAUCGAGAAGAUCCUCUCCAAACCGCUGGAGAACGGGCGAGUGAACUGUUUGGAGUUCCAGGCCUCCACUGCAGGUCCUUCCACUUCCUCCCAAUCCACAGACAACCUGGUGACCCUGUCAGAGGAGGGGGUGAUGGGAUUUCUGCCAGAGUACACAGGCUCUUCAGACGAGAUGGAGAUAAAACAAGAGCUGGACUCGCUGAGCUCUGACAGCGAGCACACACAUGGCUCCAGCUCUCACCCUACUUCAGCCAGGAGAAGGCGCACCAACAAGCACCUGUCCCUGAAGAGAAAGAAACUGCGGGUGAUGCAGGCCAUGCUGCAGCAACAAAAGAAGUCCAGCCGGGCCGUGGAGGAGACGUGCAGGGAGGUCCGUCGAGCAGUGCAUCAGCAGAGCCUCCUCCAGGUCCAGUGUCUGCAGUUGCAGGAGCGCAUGAUGAACCUUCUGGAGAAGAUGAUCCAGCCUUUGUCCGCUACCUCAGCAUCAUGGGGUCAGAGCGGGGCUAAAGAUCCAGGACAGCCCUGAAGCGCGAGGGUUAUAAUUGUCUUGGAUAUGUCAUUGUCUUGCCUCACCUAUAUAGCCUAUAUUUAUAAUGGAUUUUAGUCCAACAUCUAACAUGUUUUAGGCGUAUUGUGCUGCAAAUGCCAAAACAUAGCUCUUUUCAGUGCAACUAUGGUAUACAGAGGUACAACAAUAUUCUGUUACUAUUUCUCACAGUGUAGUCAAAAUGAAUAUAUCAAAGUAGGAUGACCCUGAUGAACCUUUAUUAUAUAUGCUGGUAGUUUAGCAUCUCAGUCAUUUUAAAAGAAACUUUUUUAAUGAUUGUGUCAGUUUAAGUAUUUGUUUUUAAACUCACUGUGGGAACAACAGCCUUGCAAAAAUUCACUUAUCUCUUCACUGUGCUAGGAAUUACUUUUUUAUUUGUACAAUUAUUUGUUGUGAAGGUUUGAUGCCAAAACAGGGCAAUUUGUAGCAUUAUGAACCAGAAGUUGAGGCAAUAAUCAUUUUUUCUGUUCUUGGAGUGAUAGGAAAUAAGCUGUUCUUGAAAUGACAUUUACAACACAAACUACAUUCCUCUAACAUGUUCAGCGUUAGAAAAAAAGCAAGUAUUUAGAAAAUUAGAAUGACAGAUUCAUACUGUUAAAACUGUACAGAAAACCAAUUUAUAAAAGACUUCUAAAAAUUGGUAAGCUACAUUUCCAGCUUUCAACUGAUACAUCUUUUGAAGGUGAAUCCCACUUAGAAUCAAUCAAAACAAAUCUGAAAGAUAUUGAGACUCUAAUUUAUUCUUCUAAUCAUAUUCAACAACUCUGCCUGCACACCGAUUGGACUGUCAAAGGACAAACAAAUGCACUUCAGUUUUAAAUGGAUAGUGCAGUAUUGCUUUUAGCAUAAGAUAAAAUAUCAAAGUAGAGACAGAAAUAGCACCUUUUUCAUGAGAUUUUGAUUGUUUUAUAAAGAUUUUCUGUUCAUCCUCUAUGUUGGAUUUUUGCUGAAUAAAACAAUA